GUUUUAUCCUCCUUAUGAAGAGAGAGCAAAUGAGUAAAAUCAGAGAAUCAAAUAGGUUUGAAUAUUAAUAAAUAUUUAUUAUGCACUUUUUGGUUGAUUCUUAGUGGCUAGAUAAUGAAUAAUUCUUGAAAACAAAAUAAAAUUAAUGUUAUUAUUUUAAAGUUGGUCUAAUUGUUAGAUUUAAUUGUAUAUUUGAAAUUGGGAUAUAAGAAAGAAUCUUAAGAAGAGUAGGACAUGGGGAAUUGAGGCAGAAGGAUUAUUAAUAAUAUAAAAUUAUAUUGGAAAAUGAGUAUAAAUGAGGA